AUGGCGAGAGGAAAAACAAAGAAGUAAGUGGAAAGGUUAUUGUUUAAUUUCACUCUGUAAACUUUUCAAUGUGACAUUUGGUUAGGCCAAGUUGCGCCUGAGUCGAUAUGAAGUUAAACUGGUAGUAUUAGCUUCAGUUCAACUUCAUAUCGACUCAGCGCUCGAUGGCCUGACCAUAUGACAAAUUGAAAAAGCACGAAGCGAAAUUAAACAAUUGUCUUCUCGUCUCCUCGCCAUCGUCUUCUGUGCCUACUAGAUUGUAUAACACUGGUGCAUCAUCAUUAUUGAUCCCCGGCAACUUACUUCCAUUGUGACUUUUUUUAUUUGCAUCCUUUUAUUUUCGCAGUAAGUUUUUUUUUUUUAUCCAUCACCACUUAACUUGUGGCUUUUUUUUUUUUUAAUUUGCAGCAGGCUUUGGUUUCUCUUUUUUUUGCAUCACUAACUUCCGGCAGUGGCGGUUCUCGGCCACCGUACAUUAUAGUUAAGUCAGUAAACGAACCAACCACAGGUAUAUCACUUAGCUCUGACACAUGAGUAGAGGUUUUCCUGUAAUUCCCAUUCUACCAUUACACCAUGAACGCAGCGUCAGCCCGCGUGCACGUUACAGCGCGCACGCGAAGGGAGGACCCUGAUCGAGUUUUGCAUCACGGGUGGGUGGGACGUCUGGGCAGCUGUAACUUAUAAAGUGGUCCUGUGACGUCCCCACCCCUCGUCGAGCUGCUCCACUCGCGUCAGCCGUCUUCAGGACAGGUAAGGUGAACCUCAGAGACCUGUUCUAGUCGUAUGAUCAGGAUGCAGACACGGUAUGUUUGUUAGACUGGAGUUUUGACUGUAGCGGUGGCCGCUGUGUCUGUGUGCUGGGUGUGCCCACCAACUUCGUGCCAGGUCGGCUGUUAAACUUGCUAAGAGCUUUGCUUCCUGGAACACUUUCGAUACCGUUUCUUUACUUUUUUCAGCUCUUUCAAACAAUCCUGAGCAUUAGAUCACACAUGUUUAAUUUGAAGCUUCAUGAAGUACAUUACCAUUACACCAAUAACCUUGGGAAUGUUACUUUAAUGUACAGUUUGUCCUAUCUUUACUUUACGUUGAAGGGAACACCUCCACUAUUGCACAACUGAAAUAGAUUUUCAGACCAAGAUGUUUAUGAUCACUUACAGUCAAAAAAUAGAAGCAUUAAGAAAUAAAUAUUUUUGGAGUUAAACUUCUUUUUAGAUCACUUUCUCAUCUAGGAUACUCAGACAUGUGAAAACUGAUAAUGAAAUUGUCUCUCAAGCGUGGACAUGCACAGAUUUUGUUUAUUUACUAAAAUGUAAAUUCUGUCUCUUGUUACACUUGUGACUAGAUCCUUUUGUGUUGGCUCGUGGUCUGUGCUCCAUAGAUAAAUGAAUGAAGUUUACCAUAGACAUGGUGUGGAGUGUUUGUGUGUGUAGGAGUCACCUGUCAUGUGUUUACAUCACAAAUAUCUCGGGUGUGGCUGUUGACUUACAUAAAUUGAGGUUAACUUUUUUUUAGCUAAUGUUUCCAAUGUCAGAGUAGAUUUGUCGAAGAUGUUAAACAAACUUUCAUGUUUUCUGUGUAAAUACUUGCUAGUCAUGUGAGUUAUUGCCAUAAUGCUUGUAUGCAGUGUAACUUCUUGUUUUUUUUAAAGAAAACAGAAGUCGUCUCCAUGCUUUUUGACACACAUAAGAAGACCGUGUCAUGAUGUCAAACCAUGCAAACUGAUCUCUCCUGCCAAAACCCCCUCUACCUUUCCUCGUUGGAGUAAUUACAGGUGUUUCCAAACAAGCUUGAGCUUAAUUAGAUUAGCUGUCAGGACCCUCACGCAGUUGUGGGACACUAAAGAACCUUUAACCACACAAGUGUGACAGAAACCCUCUGUGUGAUGGAGACCUGCAUACAAUAUUGAUCAGAGGUUAAUGAGGGUCACACUCUCAAUGGGAAGCAUUUACUGCCUCCAAACCUGAUGACCGGCAGUUCAUUACGUCCUUGUGUGUUAAAACAGAGUGGUGUCGUUUGUUGUGUAUCUAACUACUGUUUGUUAUUUUGUUUAUUUUUUUGUAGUUUUCUUUAUCUCCAGAAAUCCACACUCUCGUGCUCCACUCCACAAUGGCAGCGGUAAGUGUCCAAAAGCUGCUGUGCCACCAAUGCUUGAGGAAAGAGGUGUAGAGUCAUGCAGUCAGAGGUGUAGAUACUCAAUUUCUCUUACAUAAGUUAAGGUUUGUCUGUGUCACAGAGCCGGUCACCCAGUCAUUGUUGUUUUCAGAUAAUAUCAGAUGCCUAUUUAGCAGUCAAAGAUAUUUUGUCUUACCCUUUUAUGGACAUCAUUUACAUUUAUUUGCAUUGUCACCAACAGAAACUCUGCUCUUUUGUUUGGUUUUAUAGACUGUAGCAGUAAUAUUGUAUUAUGUUUAUUAUUUCAGCUUCAUCAUAAAUUGGAAUCAUUUGUUACGGCUCACAGUUGCAGCUUACGUCUCAUGUAAUUCAUCCUAAGUGUUUAAAUUCCAACUGAUAGACAGUGUGGAGUUGAAUCUAUAGUUUUUUCCUUAAUGUGAUGCCAGGAUACAACUAUUUUAGUUGUUGUGUAAUAUAUUUAUUUCCUUUUGAAAUGUAUAUUUUUAAAUUGUUACUGAAAGAGAAAUGCAAAUGUUACCAGUCUUCUCUGGCUUCACCUUUAAUUUUAGAAUCACUUUUGAAACUAAAUCGAGUCCCUCCUUCUCGUCAAACAUUUGUAUUUGCCUUGGUUUGAUUGGACAUCUGAAGAAAGACAGGGACAGUUGACAAGAGAGUGUUAGGGGGAGACAUGCAGCUAAAGGUCAUGGCUAGAGGUCAAACCAACGUCCCCUCUGAUGAGGCCUAUAGCCUCAGUACACAGCGUGCUUCUGUUAGGCCAACUACUGCCCCAUUUAUCAGACCAUAAAUCCAUUACAGUCUUGCACUAUCACUUAGGUCCUCUGGGUGGGGCUUUGCACAAACUCAGGGUAACCAUACUUUUUCAGAUCGGGUGGCACCAACUUUCCUUACAUAUCAUAUGCUCAACUUAUGAUUCCAAACAAGUUAAAGUGAUUUCAUGUGAUUUUUAAAUGAACUAGCACAUAAUCAUGUUUGUGCGAAUAUCACGAUCUUUUACAGCUUUUUCUCGAUUUUAUUUUGCCCUUGUCUGUGAAGCACUGCGGUCAGCUACUGCUAUUUAUAACAUGCUAUACAAAUAAAAUUUGACUUGACAUGAGAUGCCUCAUACUUACCUAUAAAGUCAUCCACAGUCCAUGUGCUGUACGCUGCAAAAUUCCUCCAUUAAACUUAAGUCAACGUGCAGUUGGCCACCACACUUGUUGGGAUGUCACUCAGUCACGCUGACACGAGUAUGACACCUGGAACUCUGAAGCUGUUUUCAAAACAUCUCAUGAAUAAUAUUACAAAGUGAGGGUAAAAGAUUGAAGUCAAGUCUCAUAAAUUGGUGCACUUGUCUAAGAGGAUUUGGAGCUUUUUUUUCUUCUUAUGAUCUACUUCUGUGUAAUAGAUUAAUGGCUUAAUGGAUGAUGUGUCUGUCCAACUAGAUUGGAAACAGAGGAACAGUGACCGAGGCGGCUGGUUUUGACCCAGAGGCAGAUGCCCAGCGGCUCAGAGGAGCCAUGAAGGGAGCUGGUGAGUGAUCCAGACACCGUCAUUAGCUAAAGAUAUUCUUACCGUGUCAUUAAGACUCAGCCUCUAUGAAGAAAAAAAUAUGAUUAAUCCUUCCUUUUCCUCUCCUCUAGGAAAGAAAAGUUGAAAUAUAUUCAGUGCUGUCAUGGCAGCUUUAAACACAAAGCUACCAUGGCAGCUUUAUGUUGAUCUGUUUUCUUUUCCAUUCUGUCGACUGAGUGUGUCCUUGUACUUUGCCUCACCUCUUCCCUCUCUACACGGAAGAGAGUCUUGACUUUGCUGAGCAGGCAGAAAGCGGUCAUAAAUUAAUUUCAUUUUGGCCUACACUGUUUUAAAUGUGAACAAGUAUGUAGGAGCCAUUGAAAGAGGUGUAUCUUUACUCACAUUCAACAGAGAUGUCUCUUUCUCUAUCAGCACACUCAUGGUGUGGAAUGUCAAUGCUGUUAGCCUUUGCUAGCAUAAUCAUAUCCCCCUGACUCCAGUUUGAGCUCUAUUACAAACAGAUGGUUUCCGUGACGAUGCAAACAAACAACUGGACAGUCUCGAGGGCUGCAGUGCUGGUUACCGUUUCUAUUGUCCAAAAAAAAAGAUUUAUGAAGCUCCGGCUGCAGGAAUAUAUUAUCUUCUAUCAUUUGUUAAGUUUAUAAGCUGUUAUAUUGUAUUUUUAUGCAGGCACUGAAGAGGCAACUAUCAUUGAGGUUCUGGCACACCGCACCAUUGCCCAGAGGCAGCGCAUCAAAGAGGCCUUCAAGCAAGCCGUGGGGAAGGUGAGACUUUUCACCGAGCUGUGCUCAGAGGUGGAAAACAAAGUCUUUUUUCAUAUGGAUUAAGAUGUCUUUCAUCACAAUCGGCGUACAUGCAACACACGAAGGAAAUAAAUGACAGCUAGAGCAUUGUGUUAGUUUAGCCCCCUCUACUAUUAUGUUAUAUCUUAGUCUUUUUGUACUUAAGGUGGGGCUGUGCUGUUCAAACAAAGAACUGAUAAUGUGCAAGGUAAUCAUUGACUGUGAGGCAUAAAUGAAUACCAUCUGUAAACAAACACUAGGACAGAGCGGGCAUUCUAAUCUCAGAAUUAAGGAAGGUUGCCUCAUCUAAAACCAAGUACACUGAACCCACAGAGGUAUGCUCCCACUGACUGCCUCUUUGUCUCACUCUUCUGUGGAUCAAUAUAUUAACCAAGAGGGAAGCAGGAAAUGUAAAUGACACUGAUAAGAUUACAUGAUAUAACUGAUAAACUACGCCGUGUGUGUUCGCCGGUCGAUAAAGUUAACUGAAAGUUCCUCUGAGGAAACGGCAGAAAAAGCAAAGAUAGAGAGUGAAUCCUUGCCGGUAGAAACAGUGAGUCAUGUUCCACACAGCGACGCCCACAUGUGGUCACACAGGCGAGCUGAGUGGAACAGCUUUCACAAAAUUGUGUCCAGAAACCACACCCUCUAGCGGGGACCCGAGCGCUGCAGCUGGAAUGUAUGAAGUCAUGUGUCAUGUCCACGCUGGCAGCUCUAGCCCAACAUAAACCCAACAUACUUCAACUCAUUUUAGAGUGAAAAUGAUCCGCUUUUAUCGCAGCCAAUCUUUCUGAUGAAUAAAAUAUCUGGGCACUGGGAAUAACCGGUGGACUGUUUCCAUGUUUUAUCUGUGUUUCCAUCCAUCAUCCUGCAGGACCUGGCUGAUGAGCUGUCGUCAGAGCUGAGUGGGAACUUCAGGAGCGUUGUUCUCGGUCUGCUGAUGCUGGCGCCGGUGUAUGAUGCCUACGAGCUGAGAUACGCGAUGAAGGUCAGGGUUUGAACUUUUUGCUUUUCUUUGCAGAAUCAGUUAGUCGUCUAAAAUAACAACCACAAGUUCACCCCCUAAAACUAGUACCUGUUCAACACCAACAGAUAUUUGACUCAACACAUGAGUUUCUGCCACCAUUAUUUUAAUAUAAGUUGUGUAUUCAUCCUCAGCAGAAAAUAGUCCUAAACAAAUAAAGAAAUUAGUCAUGUUUGAAAAGAAACUCUCCAGCUGUAUCAGGCUAUUAUUUAAUCUUUUUAAAUGAUGGUUUAUAUUUCAGAGAUAUCUUUAGUAUACUUGAGUGAAAAGGGUAAAUAAACCAGGGGCCUAACUCUACAGUGUGAAUCAUAAAUCAUCAUUGUGAUUAUGGUCUUCUUCUGGGAUUUCCUGACUAUAGGGACAAUAUCAAGCAGAGAAAACGAUAUUCCUUUAGUCUCUAAACUCAUACUGAAAAGCAUCACACCCUUUUGUGUCCUGUCUUUUGUCCUUUUUUGAAGUUUUUAUCUCUCUUUCUUCAUCACAGGGGGCUGGAACAGAAGAGGCCGCUCUCAUUGACAUCCUCGCUACAAGGUCAAACCAGGAAAUUAAAACCAUCAAUGCUUUCUACAAGAAAGGUACAUGUGUCUCACUUCUAUACAUAGCACCUCUGACUUCUGUUCACCAGGAGUUUCAGUGUCUGCAGUUACCUAUAGGUUGUGUAUGAUAUCUGAUACUGUGUAUCAGUGAGCAGCCCUCCUGUUCUUUGUUUGGAGAUUCAUUGACCUCCUUUUAUUAGCAAACAGUGGAUGGUAUAAAUUAUUUAUAGAAGCUGUUUUCCGCUUGCUCUGGGGCAGUUUUAUAGUUUGUUUGCUGUUCUGUGGCUGCAGUCACACAAACUGGAAAGUAUUGCCAGUGUUACCAUGUAUUAAAUGAAUAUGUUGUUGUUCUUUGUGGUGUCGCUUACCUGUACAUACAUGUUUUGUAAGUAAGUAAACUUUAUUUAUAUAGCCCCUUUCACAGACAAAAAGUCUUUAAGUGCUUCACAUAAACAAAAAGUUAAAAUGUACAUACGAAUUUAAAAGGCCAAGACAACAACAUUAACGAUCAAAGCAGUCCUAAAAAACUAGACAAAAGCCUGGGCAAAUAAAGGUGUCUUAAGUUGGUUUUUAAGUCAGAGUCAACAGAGUAAGGAGGGGAAGAUCAUUCCAAAGCCCGGGAGCAACAGCCUGGAAAGAUUGGUCUCCUCUGGUCCGAAAAUGAGUGCGUGGAACCACCAGUUGUUCCAUUUUGUUCCAUUUAACAUCAAAGCUGUUGAAUUUUGAACCCAUGUCAACGAGAUUCUGGCAAAUUAUAACUUCAACUUUAAUCUUUUUCAUAUAUAAGUCAUUAUUUUUGUCUGUUCCCCAGAUCCCUUAAACUCUUCUUUAAUUACCUGAUUUUUGUGUGUGUGUGAAACUGGUGAUUCAUUGUGCAAAAAUCUCACAUACACACAUUUGCCACUAUACUUAGCUCAUUAUCUGCUUUGAGCUCAUUCAAUUGGUUUUGAACAGCACUGUCUAAAUGAUCUGAAAGGCUAGCGUGAAUAGUGGUUGUUUGGUGUGUUUGAUUGGUGGUUAAGAAACAUAAACAUCAAAUGGACAGAAGCACCAGCAACUGAAUAAUAAACAUCCUAAAAAGUUAGAAAGUAGUUGUAACUGUUGUGUGCCGUACAGCUGCUGUGCUCUCAGCGCCCUUUGAGGCAAAGAGAGCGAGUCAGAGAAAAGCUUCUUACACAUUUCAGUUCCCAAACAGCACCUUAAUAAUGAAGCUCUGCCCUCAUUUACCCUUUGUACUAACAUACUAUGACAGUGCAGAAGCAUGAGAGGCAUGGCUUGUAAACACACACUUGACUAAGACAUGCAUACACACAUAGCUCUGCCCGCUGUCUUCCCCUUUCUCUACCUCUGUUACUCACUUUCAGGAAUGAAUGGAUUGGCUCCAACAUUGCACCUCUAUAUAAAUUACAGACAAGUGUGAAAGGGGCCUAAAUAUUCCACCUUGACAUGGCAGUAUUUAAUAGCCUAAUGAGAGAGAACUACAAGUAUUGACCUACAUUUUACAGUACAUACAUUUUUCAAAGAACAUUUUAAUUUAAUAUCAUUAAGGGGGAUAAAAUGAUCCCAAUUUAUCAUUUAACCAAGCAGCUCAUAAAAUAAAGUUACUGACUGUGGUUUUGAUAAGCUUGCCUUAAUAUUGAAUCAAGUGUUCUGCUCUGCCUUUUUUAAUUAAUUGAUUUUUCAUGACAGAAUAUGGGAAAAGCUUGGAGGAUGCUGUGAGUGGGGACACGUCUGGCAUGUUUCAGAGGGUUUUGGUGUCAUUACUCACGGUAAGCAUUUAACAGCUCCUGCUUUUAUUUAGUUGUUGAGUGAGGAUUUGUCUGGAUUGAAGGAGUUUUGAUACUCAUGUAAACAUAUGUGGUAACUUGUAAAACGUCAAUAUAAAGCUAUGCUGGAAACAGUUGAUUUUUUAACCAACUUUAGGAGGAGGAAGUGAGAGUUAUUUCUUCAUCAAAUGUCAUUCUCAGCUUUUUUUUCUCUACUAUUAUGCAAUCCUGUGUUCAUUUCCUCAUUUUUCCCCCUGUGUUUCAGGCUGGGCGUGAUGAGAGCGAUAACGUGGACGAAGCCCAAGCUGUCUUGGAUGCCAAGGCAAGACUUCAGUUGCUUUGAGUGGAAGCAUGUGGUUCAAACAUGAGUCUGAGUUAAAAGUCUUUGUGAUUACAGGAGAUCUUCGAGGCUGGUGAGGCGCGGUGGGGCACAGACGAGGUGAAAUUCCUCACGGUGCUUUGUGUGAGGAACCAUAAGCAUCUGCUACGAGGUAUUAAUACAGAACAUUCACACAAGCGUGAAAGUCAUCAAACCAAAUAUCCCUUAUGUGUCUUUUAUCAUGUGAUCUUACUUUCUUUUAUCAGAAAUAGAAUCAGAAUCAUGUAGUUGGACUGUGGGGGUUGUCCUAACUCUCACUUUCCACUUUAUUCAUGCAAAUUUUUUUAAGUUUUGACCUCGAUAACAAAAAAGAGUGAGACACUAAUGUGGUAUUAUCCUUGUCCUGGUGACACAGUUGACCUCAGUUUUAGUGGUAUUUAUGUUCCUCCUGCAGUGUUCGAGGAGUAUCAGAAGGUAUCUGGAAGAGACAUCGAGGACAGCAUUAAGAGGGAGAUGUCUGGCAGUCUUGAGGACGUCUUUCUGGCCAUAGGUCUGUCUGUCCUCCAACAUCCUCCUACAUAAACAGUAUAUAUACACGUGAAUAUACAACAUGAAUAUGCUUUGAAGUGUUUUAAUUUACAGAAAGAAAUAAAGAAAUUCUUGACGUUGUAACGCUUUCAGAUGAUUUGUUGCGAUGAAUAUCACCUUUACCUGAGAAAAUUAAAUUUUUCAGUCACAUGAGGCAAAUAUAUAUGUGUAUUAGGUGCCCAAACUCCUAUUUAAAGUACAGCACAUUUUAAUAAUAACUUCGACUGUAAACUUAAUCAACUAAAUUCACUGUAAUCCUGAUGUGAAAGGGUCGCACCUCAUGCUCUGUUAUUUGUUUUCGCACUGCAGUGAAAUGCAUAAAGAACAAGCCGGGAUUCUUCGCAGAGCGGUUAUACAAAUCAAUGAAGGUAAAUAUAUUAAAGUGAAUGUGCAGACUGCUGUUGUCAUGUUAGAUGUGGUUAGAAAACCAUCAGGGAUGAUGUUUGGUGUCGUAUAAACACUUUUUCCUCUUUUCUGUCAGGGUCUGGGAACCACAGAUACCAUCCUCAUCAGAAUAAUGGUUGCCAGGGCGGAGAUUGACAUGUUGGACAUCAAAGCUCAGUUCUUGAAGAUGUACGGCAAGACCCUCCACUCAUUCAUCAAGGUAAGGGGCUGGAAACUGUGCUGUCAGCAUCGGCUUUGAAAUACAUCAGCUUGUGUUUGAAUUGUUAAAACUUACUAGCACCCUAAUGCAGCUUUAAACUGAGGUGAUGUCUGCUUUCUGAGGUCUUAGAAUUAAGGAGAAUGUGAAGAAGGUUUUACAUGAGUUUGGUUUCAAGAGACUGCGAACAUUUUCUCUCUGCUCCUGCUUUUUGAAGUCUCACAGAUCUCAUUUUCUUCUGUGCAGGGAGACACGUCUGGAGACUACCGCAAAAUCCUGCUGGAGCUGUGCGGAGGCGAGUAG